CACGCUCCAACAGCCGCACACUCUCUUUGUCUAUCGACCCUCGACUCUCGAGCACUUCCUCUCCUUAGCACGCCCUCACUCUCUCCAGCGCCAUGCGCUUCUCCUCCUUCCUCUUCGCCUCGCUCGUCUUCGCCGGCGCUGCGACGGCGACAUUCGAGUGCGGCGCGGACCCGCACGCACACGGCGUCAAGCCGUACCACAAGCACGGCAAGCUGCACAAGCACAAGCGGCCCUCGACGCCCAAGAAGCCGGCGUCGCCCGCAGCGCCGCAGCCACAGCUUCCCUCGCAGCCGCCGCCGCGCAGCAAGAAGGGCAAGAGCAUCAGCCGCAAGCCGAAGAAGACGCACGGCAGCAAGCCCAAGGCGCCCAUCAACACGAAGCCGCUGAGCGAGCAGCCGCACUACAAUGCCCCGACGCCGCCGUGGGAGCACGGCAGCAAGCCUGGCUGGUGCGCCGGCGCCGGCGACUCGGACCUGCCGCGCUGGGACGACGGUGAUCGGCGAAAGUGCCACGAGGCCGAGCUGCAGAAGGACCACGGCGCCAUGUCGCAGUUCUGCAAGCACGGCACCCCGGGAACCACGCUGCCGCCAAGCACCAAGCCCACAACGCCGCAGACGCCUGGCGGUACCACGCCAGGCGGCACCACGCCGGGCGGUACCACUCCCGGAGGCUCCACGCCUGGAAGCACGACGCCUGGCGGCUCCACGCCUGUAGGCACGACGCCGGGCGGUACUACGCCUGGCGGCUCCACGCCCGGAGGUUCUACUCCAGGUGGCAGCACGCCCGGCGGAUCCACGCCCGGCGGAUCCACACCUGGAGGCUCUACUCCGGGCGGCUCGACUCCAGGAGGCACGACCCCUGGCGGCUCUACCCCGGGCGGCUCGACACCAGGAGGCGCACACCCCGGCGGCUCUACUCCGGGCGGCACGACCCCCGGCGGCUCGACGCCAGGAGGCACGCACCCCGGCGGCUCGACGCCCGGCGGGUCCACCCCCGGCGGGUCCACCCCAGGCGGAUCGACUCCGGGAGGCACCACACCAGGCGGCAGCACGCCGGGCACCUCGACUCCAGGCGGCGGCUCUACUCCAGGUGGCUCUACGCCGGGCGGCUCGACGCCCGGCACUGGCGGCAGCGGCGCACCAGUGUGCCAGCAGGGUUUCCAGCGGACGGCAUACGACUACAAGCGCCUGGCCACGAGCGGCGUCUACUCGUGGCAGACGGUCGGCUCGGCCGCCGUCGACCCCAGCUACAUCACCUACGGCCUCGUCGACACGCUCAGCCAGUGCCUCGAGGCAUGCAAGGCCGUGAGGGGUUGCGUCUUUGUGAACUACUACGAGGACCGCGAGGAGGACGACCGCGACUUUGCCAAGCACGGCGGCCAGAUGACGUGCGCCAUGUUCGGCAAGUACGUGCCGACGUCGGCAUGGACGAACUGGGGCGGCCAGCACGACCCCAACAGCAUCCACUCGAGCUCCGGAUACCUCCUCGGCGGCAGCUGCCACUGAUCGAACGCACACGACUCUCUAAUUGUGACGCUAUAUAUCCCUGUUCCCCUCUGCCUGCCUAGUCCUUACCUGAUUCGAGACGCGAGACGGGGUGCUCCGGCGCGGCAGCGCCUGCUGCGUGCCGCUCCUCGAUGGCAUGCAUGCGCU